GACCGUAUUUAUGAAGUAUUGAAGGUAAUCACUUCUGACACUCCACCUAGUUCACCACGUUCUACUUAUGUUAGAAUGCCCGCCCCUUUGCCGAAAUUAGUCAAGAUUACUAUUACUGGUCUACAGUCAAAUGGCAAUGCUGCCAUUGAUGAGAUUAUCCGAAGGACUCAGCUGCAAACAAGAGACUUCUCUAAACAUUGGGAAUGGAUUGAUCCUCAACGUUUAGAGGACAUCACUCAUUUCAAGGAUGGCGGUUUUGGCUCGGUUUAUGUAGCAGUAUGGAAAGAUGGAGACGGAAUUAUAAAAAUUGUGCAAUAA